AUGUCACAACGACACAGCGAGCGCACCCUCCGCGCCUUCAUGCCCCGCCGCCGCCGCCCUCCCCGGCCCGGUGCACUCGCCGACCUCUCGCCCACGCGCAUUGCGUCCCAGAUCGUGCUCCUCCAGCUCGCCUACUAUGCAUGCGCCGCGGUGCUCAUCGUCUUCACUGCGCUGGUCGCGGGCAAGGAGAUAAGCCUGGACCUCCUCUUCAGCUGGGAGACACUCCGCGGCGACACAACAGUGGGCUGGACGCUGGGGCUGGUCUGGAUUCUGAACAGUCUCACCAGCGCCAUUUUUAUUCUGCUCCUAAUAGCGCGCUCGAAGCUUGUCCUUGACUUCGCCCUCACCGUUCACUUCAUACACCUCGUCGUCACCUCCCUGUACACACAUGCCAUACCCUCCCACCUCUUCUGGUGGGCCCUACAGACGGCCAGCGCCACGAUCAUGACCUCCCUCGGCGUAUGGGCGUGUCAGUGGCGCGAGCUAAGGCCCAUCACCUUUGGGGCGAAGAGCACGAAACCGGCAGCUAACGACGGGGUGGGAGAGGCCAGGGGAUCUGGCAGAGGGAGAGGACGAGACGGCGCUGGCGAAUACGAGAUGGCUAACAUGAACGACGGAGCCAACAACGUAUGA